UGGACUGGACCUCUCUGGGACACGGCGUCAUGAGCCACAACUUGGACGCUGCGCGGAGCUUCUUGGAGCAGUUGAAGGCGCGAGGCGGCCGGGAGAGGGCGAUCCUUGGCGGCGAGUUCAGCGACAUCCAGGCCCGCUCAGCCGCAUGGAAGACUGACUGUAUGUGCUCCACUGAGGCUGGCAGUCUGCCAGGGAAUGUGAGGAAGAACCGCUACAAAGAUGUGCUGCCCUAUGAUCAGACACGAGUGAUCCUCUCCCUGCUCCAGGAGGAGGGACAUGGCGACUACAUCAAUGGCAACUUCAUCCGGGGCACAGACGGAAGCCAGGCCUACAUCGCCACACAAGGACCCCUGCCUCACACCUUGCUAGACUUCUGGCGCCUGGUCUGGGAGUUUGGGGUCAAGGUGAUCCUGAUGGCAUGUCGAGAAAUGGAGAAUGGGCGGAAAAAGUGUGAGCGUUACUGGGCCCAAGAACAGGAACCACUACAGAUUGGACUUUUCUGCAUCACCCUGACAAGGGAGACAUGGCUGAAUGCAGACAUCAUGCUCAGGACCCUCCAGGUUACUUUUCAGAAGGAAUGUCGUUCUGUGUACCAGCUGCAAUACAUGUCCUGGCCAGACAGAGGAGUCCCCAGCAAUCCUGAACAUGUGCUCACCAUGGUGGAAGAAGCCCGUCGCCUCCAGGGAUCUGGCCCCAGCCCCCUCUGUGUCCACUGCAGCGCAGGUUGUGGGCGAACAGGUGUCCUGUGCACUGUGGAUUAUGUGAGACAGUUGCUCCUGACCCAGAUGAUCCCACCUAACUUCAGCCUCUUCAACGUGGUCCUGGAGAUAAGAAAGCAGCGGCCUGCAGCUGUGCAGACAGAGGAGCAGUACAGGUUCCUAUACCACACAGUGGCUCAGAUGUUCUUCUCAGCACUCCAAAACACCAGCCCCAUUUACCAGAAUUUCAAGGAGAAUUGUGCCCCAAUCUACGACGAUGCCCUCUCCUUCCAGACUUCCCAGACCCUUCCCACCACACCGUGCCCACCUGGCGAGGUCCUCAGAAGCAUCUCGGUGCCGGGGCCCCCGGCCCUCACCAUGGCCGACACGUACGCGGUGGUGCAGAAGCGCGGGGCGCCCACGGGCACCGGGGCGGGGGCGCGGGGGCGCGGCGCGGACGAGGCGCCGCUCUACAGCCAAGUGAUGUCGCGCGCCCUGCGGCCGCAGGCGCACGCGGAGGACGCGCGUGGGUUGCUGCCCGGCCGCGUUCCUGCUGACCAAAGCCCUGCUGGGCCUGACGCCUAUGAGGAUGUGGUGGAUGGAGCUCAGAAUGGUGGGCUAGGCUUCAACCUGCGCAUUGGAAGGCCUAAAGGGCCCCGGGACCCCCCUGCUGAGUGGACCCACGUGUGAAUGCUGCACCCUGCCUGCCUGUUGCCUCACAUGGGCACCUGGACUGCUGACGGCCAUUCUCUGCUAUGUGAAGUGUUGGAAAUGGGAAUGCUGGUCCUGGAUCAAAAUAAAAGUUUCUCAGGGUGGAAAUGUAGGGGCUUUGCCCCAGUGAUUAUAGUAUUCAAGGCUUGAGGCUGGGGGAGAUAGUUGAGAGAUAAUGGCUGGUGAGACUGCAGUGAACAGAUACAAGAAUAAACAUCAGGAAUGGGCCCAACCCCAGGGGACUAGGCAGGUUCUCCCAGGUGUGAAGAAGAGGAUGGGCAGAUGGGCUU